AUGCAGAAAACAGAACUUGCCACACAUCAGAGAUCUCACACGGGUGAGAAGCCGUAUUCCUGUCCCGAGUGUGGGAAAUGUUUUUUAAAGAAAUUUCAACUUUCACUACAUCAGAGAUGUCACACAGGAGAGAAGCCAUAUUCCUGUCCUGAGUGUGGGAAAUGUUUUGUACAGAAAUCAAACCUUGUCGCACAUCUAAGAUCUCACACAGGGGAGAAACCAUUUUCUUGUCCCGAGUGUGGGAAAUGUUUUUCAGAGAAGUCCAGUCUUUAUUAUCAUCAGAGAUUGCACACAGGAGAGAAGCCGUAUUCCUGUCCUAAGUGUGGGAAAUGCUUUGUAAAAAAAUCAAAGCUUGUCAGACAUCAAAAAUCUCACACAAGGGAAAAAACAUAUGUUUGUUCUGAGUGCGGGAAUUGUUUUUCACAAAGAUCCAAUCUUAUCAUACAUCAGAGGUCUCACAUGGGCGAGAAGCCAUGUUACUGUACUGAGUGCGGGAAAUGUUUUGUAAACAUAUCAGAACUUGCCACACAUCAAAGGUCUCACAUGGGGGAGAAGCCAUAUUCUUGUAUUAAGUGCGGAAAAUGUUUUUCUCAGAAGUCCAAUCUUCACAGACAUCAGAAAUUGCACACAGAUGAGAAACCAGUUUCAUGUUCCGAGUGACAGAUUUGUUUUUUACUGAUUGUUGGCCAUAGA